UCUUGCUCGCUCGCUCUCUCGCUCGCUGGGGCCGGACACAGACUGCCUUCAGCUGCCGGCGGAUCGGGUUGGAGCCGCGGCGGCGGCUGCUGCGGAAGAAGGGGGGAGGGAGGAGGAAAACAACCGCCCAGCGGCCGGCUGACCCGCGGCGCGGCCCCCAGCCCAGUCUCCCGGAGUUCGGACCCGCUCAGGAGACCAAUCUGGGGAAACGCCUGGGCACAGAAUGGAGCCAGUGAUCACCACUCCACUCUGAGUGCUGCACAUGAGGGCCCGGGGGCCUCUCUUCUCCCUUUGGCAGAUCUGUGGAUGAGCUUCGAGGAGAGUCUGUGAAUAGCAAAAGGCUUAGAUCACACCUUCAACGUGGGAAAAGAUGGCUGGCAGGAAAACCGAGCAACUCUAAGAGAGCCGGUGGCAGCAACAGAGUUAUGUCAUGCCCAGACCAGUGGAGGGCUCCAUGAGGAUUCAUAGAAGAUGCCCCGGGUCUUGGCGCCUCUGGUGCUCCUUCUGGUAUGGCUCAUGACAGUCGCCAGCAGCCCUCAUGCUCUGAGGAUUGCCGCAAUCCUGGACGACCCGAUGGAGUGCAAUCGAGGUGAGAGGCUGUCCAUCACCCUGGCCAAGAACCGAAUCAACCGGGCUCCUGAGAGGGUAGGGAAGGCCAAGGUGGAGGUGGACAUCUUCGAACUGCUGAGGGAUAGCGAGUACGAGACAGCAGAAACCAUGUGCCAGAUACUCCCAAAGGGGGUAGUAGCUGUCUUGGGACCUUCUUCUAGCCCUGCCUCCAGCUCCAUCAUCAGCAACAUCUGUGGGGAGAAGGAGGUGCCCCAUUUCAAAGUGUCCCCUGAGGAAUUUGUGAAGUUGCAGUCCCAGAGAUUCACCACCCUGAACCUCCACCCCAGCAACACGGACAUCAGCGUGGCAGUCGCUGGAAUCCUGAGGUUUUUCAACUGUACCACAGCCUGCCUCAUCUGCGCCAAAGCAGAAUGCCUUUUAAACCUGGAGAAGCUACUCAGACAAUUCCUUAUCUCCAAGGACACGCUCUCCGUCAGGAUGCUGGAUGACAGCCGGGAUCCUACCCCACUCCUCAAGGAGAUCCGAGAUGACAAGACAGCCACCAUCAUCAUCCAUGCCAAUGCCUCUAUGUCCCACACCAUCCUCCUGAAGGCAGCUGAACUCGGGAUGGUAUCAGCCUAUUACACAUACAUCUUCACUAAUCUGGAGUUCUCUCUCCAGCGAAUGGACAGCCUUCUGGAUGACCGAGUCAACAUCCUUGGAUUUUCUAUUUUCAACCAAUCGCAUGCUUUCUUCCAAGAGUUUGUUCAGAGCCUCAACCAGUCAUGGCAAGAGAAUUGUGACCACGUGCCCUUCACUGGGCCUGCACUCUCCUCAGCCCUGCUAUUUGAUGCUGUCUACACUGUUGUGACCGCAGUUCAAGAGCUGAACCGAAGUCAGGAGAUUGGUGUGAAGCCCCUGUCUUGUGGCUCUGCACAGAUCUGGCAGCAUGGUACCAGCCUCAUGAACUACCUAAGAAUGGUAGAAUUGGAAGGUCUCACCGGCCACAUCGAAUUCAACAGCAAAGGCCAGAGAUCUAACUAUGCCCUUAAAAUCCUGCAAUUUACCAGAAACGGCUUCCGCCAGAUUGGUCAGUGGCAUGUGUCAGAGGGCCUCAGCAUGGACAACCAUCUCUCCUCCUCCAACAUCUCCGACAGCCUCUUCAACACCACCCUGGUCGUCACCACCAUCCUGGAGAACCCAUACUUAAUGCUGAAGGGGAACCACCAAGAAAUGGAAGGCAAUGACCGCUACGAAGGCUUCUGCGUGGACAUGCUUAAGGAACUCUCAGAGAUCCUACGCUUCAACUAUAAGAUUCGCCUGGUUGGGGAUGGAGUAUAUGGUGUGCCUGAGGCCAACGGCACUUGGACAGGAAUGGUCGGGGAGCUGAUUGCUCGGAAAGCAGAUCUGGCAGUUGCUGGCCUCACUAUCACAGCAGAAAGGGAGAAAGUGAUCGAUUUCUCCAAGCCGUUCAUGACUCUGGGAAUUAGUAUUCUUUACCGGGUUCAUAUGGGUCGAAAACCUGGUUAUUUCUCCUUCCUGGACCCAUUUUCUCCUGGAGUCUGGCUCUUCAUGCUUCUUGCCUAUCUCGCUGUCAGCUGUGUGCUCUUCCUAGUGGCUCGGUUGACGCCCUACGAAUGGUAUAGCCCUCACCCUUGUGCCCAGGGCAGGUGUAACCUUCUAGUGAAUCAGUACUCCCUGGGAAACAGCUUGUGGUUUCCUGUUGGGGGCUUCAUGCAGCAAGGCUCUACCAUUGCCCCACGCGCCUUAUCCACUCGAUGUGUCAGCGGGGUCUGGUGGGCAUUCACUCUGAUCAUCAUCUCUUCUUACACGGCCAACUUGGCAGCCUUCCUGACCGUACAGCGCAUGGAUGUGCCCAUCGAAUCUGUGGAUGACCUGGCUGACCAGACAGCCAUUGAGUAUGGCACGAUUCAUGGAGGAUCCAGCAUGACCUUCUUCCAAAAUUCCCGCUACCAGACAUAUCAGAGGAUGUGGAAUUACAUGUACUCUAAGCAGCCUAGUGUGUUUGUGAAGAGCACGGAAGAAGGGAUUGCCCGGGUGCUGAAUUCCAACUAUGCCUUCCUGCUGGAGUCCACCAUGAAUGAGUACUACCGCCAGCGAAACUGCAAUCUGACCCAGAUUGGGGGCCUGCUUGACACCAAGGGCUACGGGAUAGGGAUGCCUGUUGGCUCUGUGUUCCGUGAUGAGUUUGAUCUGGCCAUUCUCCAACUACAAGAGAACAACCGCCUGGAAAUUUUGAAGAGAAAAUGGUGGGAAGGGGGCAAGUGUCCCAAAGAGGAAGAUCACAGAGCCAAAGGCCUGGGAAUGGAGAAUAUUGGUGGAAUCUUUGUGGUUCUUAUCUGUGGCUUAAUUGUGGCCAUUUUUAUGGCUAUGUUGGAGUUUUUAUGGACACUCCGACACUCAGAAGCAACUGAGAUGUCUGUCUGCCAGGAGAUGGUGACAGAGUUGCGCAGCAUCAUCCUGUGUCAGGACAAUUUCCACCCCCGUAGGCGGCGAGCUGGGGCGACCCGCCCUCGACCCCCCAUCCCAGAGGAGCGUCGGCCCAGGGGCACUGCCACACUUAGCAAUGGCAAGCUGUGUGGGGCUGGGGAGCCAGACCCCAUUGCCCAGAGACUGGCCCAGGAAGCUGCCUUGGUGGCCCGUGGCUGUACACACAUCCGGGUCUGUCCAGAAUGCCGGAGGUUCCAGGGCCUAAGAGCUCGGCCAUCCCCAGCCCGGAGUGAGGAGAGCUUGGAAUGGGAGAAGACUACCAAUAGCAGUGAGCCAGAGUAAAGCUGACGUCAGAGGACUCACCACCACUGGGAUAGGAGGGUGGGCAGGGAUCAGAUCAGGUGCCGCUGAGCAGAGCUCAGACUUGUACAGUGUUGAAUCUUCUCUCCAUUAAAAAAGAAAAAAAAAACAAUAAUAACUUUUUGAAGAACAAAAAAGAUCAAAGAACCUGAUACCCCGGCCUGAGACUCCUCAUAAGAGAACUGGGUCCUUCAAAAGACUUUGCAACUAACAAGCAAAGAGGAUGCUCACCCUCCCAGAUUCAAAAGGCCUAUCUUUUUCUCCCAAGGGGCCUUUUUCCUUUAAGACAAAAAGACACUCUUAAGUCUGGGGCUAGAGAGGCCCAUCCAGACUUGUCCAGCUUAUAGGACAGAAUUUUGGGGUGAAUUGCCUGGCUUAGAAAAGGGCAAUUGUACCCUGGGUCCAGUUCUCACAGAGAGAAUUAAAACUCACCAGGGAAGUUUUUCUUUUCUGGAAUUUGAAUUAUUUUGUUUGAUUGACUCCUUCUUUUGAAUUUUAGUUCUAUUUGUUUUCUGUUUUUUGGUGGGAGAGGGUGGGGUUAGGGAAAGGAAGAAUCAAUAACCUUUUUUUUUUCUUGUACUUUAGGGCCUGGAGUCUCCCAAUGAAUCAGACUUCAGGUGCUGAACUCUCCUUCCUAUGCAGUGAUUGGGGGAAUAGGAAAUGGGUACAGGGAAAGAAACAGGUGGAGAUUCUCAAAUCAAAGCCCAUUCAAGGAGUUGUGUUGUUUUUUUUAAAGAACACAAACAAAACGCAGAUGCCAAAAACUAAUCAUCACAUAAAGUCAACUCAGAGAGGCCUUGAAACGCCUGGAAUUUCAGGGGUUAUGUGUCUUUACUUUUUCUUUUUCCUUCUUAAUUUCAUUAUUGUUUGGUUUGGUUUGGUCUGGUCAUUUAUGAGUGUAAUGCUCUGAAGAGAAAGAAAUGUACACUGAAGGGUAUAAUCCUUGGAAGUAUCCAUGGAAUGCUCGCUUAGGAAAUUGACCUUCUAUGAACAGAGGAGAAUGGGGUAGUACCUCCCCAUCUCACACUAUUCACUUAGAAAAAUUGGUAAGAGAUGUUCUCUGAGGAGCAAGGCUAGAAGUCAUCUCAGUGAAAUGGGAUGCACUUUUUGACAAUUUCAUUAUUCUAACAAACUUGGUAGAUACCUGUGGAACCAAGUUCACAGGGCCAUCUUGGUUUGGAAGAUUUCUUGCUACUAGAUAUGAAGACCAGGGUGUGUGUGUGUGUGUGUGUGUGUGUGUGUGUGUGUGUGUGUGUGUGUGUGUGGUGUGUGUGUGUGUGUGUGUGUAUGUGUGUGUGUGUGUGAUGAGAAGACCAGAAGCAGUAAAUAGGGGAGUUUUUUAGGCUCUAGAGAGAAGUGGAGUCUCAUUCACAAAGAUCUGGGAGCUAAGAAUUCCAGAUGCCUAAUCUCAACUCUGACAGAAGGCCCUCUUGUUGUGGCUUUGGGAAAGGUAUUUAACCUCUUUACCAGCCACAAAAUGGGGUGUGUGUGUGUGGGAGCUAUUGACUUCUUCCAGGGUGUCAAGUGGAUUAACUAAAUAUUGCUGUAUUUGAGAGGUACUAGAGUGCUAAGCUGAUAGAAGGAAGUAAAACUUCCAAUCAGCAGUUUGACCUUUGCUUGGCUUCUGUGACACUUUCAUAUAGAGAGUUUUCAUUUUCUGAUGGAAAACAAAUUCUAUGCAAUUUAUGAUUGUAAACUUAGAAAAUUCAGAGGGGGAAAGAAAUAGAUUACCACCACCACCACCAACCACCACCCUGAAUCAAAGAUAUGUCUUGUCCUCAGAUUGUUUCUGUCUUGAAUGUUCUAAAAUAAAGACAUCCUUGGAAGAAGACAAGUUUAUUUUCAUGUUUUGGCUGUUUGGGAAGGUUGGCAUCCUCUUUGUGCUAGGGGAAUCCCAGGGGCCCAUUGAGUCUCCUGUGCAUUUCUAUAAAGGAUGCCCAUUUUGUCCUCAGCCAACCUAGCCCCUCUCUUGGAUCUAAAGCCGCCUUUUUAUUUUCUUUCUUUUAUUGUUCUUUUAACCAUUGAUACAACAAGCUGUUCAGGACACUUUAUUAUUUUUAUUAUUAUUAUUAUUAUUAUUAUUAAUCUUGCCUCACAUCUAGCAAAGAAAGUUUGGAUUUUGAGGAAAGGGCAACUGGAGGCAGACAAACUGCAGACCCCCUUGGUGCCAUGUUAACUUGUGACCUAGGGCUCUGUCUCUCACUUGUGACAAUGUGGUCAGGACUGUAAGAUCACAUCUGGGGUGGGGAGGGUUGUUUUUAAAAACAAACAAACAAACUUGUUUUUAUGAGCUGGAAAUAUUGAUGAAAAGAAAAAAUUUUUUAAAGAAAAUAAAUUAGCAAAAUGGAUGUUCCAGUGAAGCAUCUACAGGAUCCGUUUCUGCCCCGUGUGGAAUAAAGAUGAGACUGGUAAUACAAUGCAGUUCCCGAUAGCUGCUGAGACCAUCACAGUCCUUCACCCGGCUCAUCAGUGAAAUCGCAACCAGCUGUUUUCUCCCUUGGUUUGUCUUAGCUUUUUAUCUGUUCGUUGUCAAGCUUCCUUUUCCAUACUUGUAUUUUCUAUCUGAUUCUGUAUAUUAAGGAGUUUUUCCUUGUCUGUUUCUUCCUUUGAUUGGAAUAUUUACAAUAAAACAGAAAUAAACCCUGAAAUGUUAGUGGAUGGAUAGAUGAAAGCUGA